UGACAUCGAAAAGCAUGAAAAUGGGAGGGAACGGAAGAAAGAGGAGAAAUGGCAGAAACCAACAAAAAAAUGGGCAGUGGAGAGGAAGUGGAAGAAAUGACAGCAAUGGCAGAGAAGAGAUAAAACCCACAUUCUGAUUAAGCCCCUCUUAGUCUUCUCCCCCUUUUCGCCUUCUUUCCCUGCUUCUUUCUUGUCUCUAUUGCGAUUUCUGAGUGGAAAACUUGUACGAUUCCUUUUCCUCACUUAACUUUCUGUCGGCCCCCUUUUAUGUAUUUGUUUAUUUACUAACUUUCUGGGUCUGAUGAAGACGCCAUUAUCGUUCUUUCCCCCUUCUUGCCUCUCGCCUCUCUGCACCUGCCAUGGGUUUCUCUCCCUCCUCUUCUUGCCUUGCCAAUUCCCCCUUAUCAAUUAAGAUUACAAAGCCCUGUUGUGAUGUCAGAAUUGGCCAAAGAUCCUCUAUCUCUACAAGAAGCCAUAAGCCCAAUCUUUCAGUUAAUGGUUUGACUGCAGAUGUGUCAUCAAGAAAAUGGAGUUUCAUUACAGGAUCAAGGAUUCUUCUUAAACCAAAACUUGCAGGAGUAGAUUUGUCCAAGAAAGCCCACGGAGUACACGCUUCAUGGUUGGCAAAUGCUCAAAUUGCUAGCAAUGCUUUUACUCUAGGUACAGUAGCUGUUCUCCCAUUUUAUGGCCUCAUGGUUCUGGCUCCAAAAUCAGAAUUGACUAAGAGGUCUAUGCAAAGUAACAUACCAUAUGUGGUGCUUGGGCUUCUAUAUGCUUAUCUUCUGUACCUUUCUUGGACACCCGAAACCGUGCAGCUUAUUUUUGCCAGUAAAUACUGGCUGCCUGAGCUGCCUGGAAUGUCAAAGAUGUUCUCCAGUGAAAUGACAUUGGCUUCUGCUUGGAUUCACCUGCUGGUUGUGGACCUUUUUGCUGCAAGGCAGGUGUUCCACGAUGGACUCGAGAAUCAAAUUGAGACCCGACAUUCAGUCUCUCUUUGCCUCUUCUUUUGCCCCAUAGGAGUUCUCAUUCAUGUUAUCACCAAAGCACUAACCACAAGAUCUGGUCCUGCAAAACAUGGUACAUAACAAGGCAGAGUAGAUCAACUAGUGCUUCACCCAUCCCUUUGCAAUUUGUUAUUCUAAGCUCCGAUUUGCCGAUGCCAUCUGAAUUUGAAAGUUAUGUAACUUUUAGCACAGUAUUUGAUGCCUAGGAAUCUAUGUUUGGGUUCAAAGUUCAAACAGAUUUCAAAAAUCCCAGUUUAUAGAGAACUUGAAAAAAGUUCGAUUUUGUGUUCCAAUUA